AUGCCUCGUAUUUUCAAUCAAGCAGCAUGGUUCGGACUCUCAUCAAAUAAUUAUUCGUUGGCAGUGUUGCUAACAAGCCUUGUUCUCAUAAUCAGCAACACCUGUCGAGUCCGAAAGAUCAAGUGCGACGAAGCGGUUCCGAUUUGCCAACGAUGCGCCAAAGCAAACCGAUACUGCGACCGCAGCGCGGCUCCUUCACAAUUUCAUAACAAGACCCCAGAAGGCGAGGAGACGAGUGGACUCACGACACCCUCGGCCCUAGGAACGUUCCCUUCGCCAACAAAGCCACGAGACGCCCUGUUGAAUCCUUCGGUCGCGCGCUAUUUUCACCAUUACAUCACUGACAUUGCGCCGUGGUAUGAUCUCAGUGACAGCUCUCACACGUUUGCGACAAGACUGCCCGAGAUCGCCUUGGAAAACUCGUUGCCGUUUGCUGCGAUUUUGGCUCUUUCCGCGGUGCACAUCAGUCAGACAACUGCGCCUUCAGCUAAGGCAGCAGCUGAGUUUUACCAUGGUCAUUGCAUUCGUAGUCUGAUUGAUCUCAAAGAUGAUGAGCAUGAUGAGGUAAACACGCAAGGACUCGCGCUUGCAUCUGUUUGUCUGCUCCGUUCAUAUGAGAUUCUCAGCGAGGAAGUUGACCCAAACAGACAUCUUCGGGGUGCCUACUCACUGGCAGCGUAUCGAAGUCCUCUCGUUGACUAUCUAGGGUCUGGGCUGAGGACUGCAGGGUUCUGGAACUACCUCCGUGAAGACAUCACUUUCAGUUUGUUUCAGCGAUGCCCUUUGAAGAUUGAUCUGGACCAGGUGCCGUUGCCGAGUCAACAUCACACUGAUCACAGCUACUUGAAUACCGUAUCGCUCAUUCUCGGCCGAAUCAUCAAUGCGUGCUUCUCAGACACCAUCGCAGACCAGACCUGGACUGUUCUCUUUGACAUGCUCCGCAGCUGGUCUGUAGACUUACCGGCUCGUUUCAGACCAUUUUCAAGGGAGGAUCGAGGGCUCGGACUUUCGCUUCCGUCGAUAUGGAUGCUCAGAGAAUGCCAUGCUGAGGUUGAAUCAGCAUCUGCGCUGCAUUAUCGACUUGUUAGUGUGGCUAUAUUGUGCGCUCAAGCAACACCCCAAAACGUCGCGAAGCUGAGACAGCUUCUUGAACAUGAUCAUAAGAUCGGGGUAACGAAAGAAGAAGUGCUGGAAGCAUGCGGUCUCGAUCUGUGUGGCAUCGCCUUCACGGCAAAUAUGCCUGCAGUCCUCGUUAAUGCCUUUGGGCCAAUUGCGCUCUUGCCAGGCGCAAGAUUCAUCCGCAGUGAAGCCUCCCAGCAAGAGGUCAUCCGUCGACUCAUGGCGUACUCGCUGCUCCGUCAGCGUGCACUUAUCUCACUCAGCUGCAGCAACAGGGGCCUGGCGUCCCUUACACGCGAACCCCAACCAACUAACCCGUUUGUCAUCCGCCCCUCAGAGGCUGAAGUGCGCAACAGCCUCCUUGCGCCGCGAAACCUUGAACUUGCUGUCCGGCACUUACACGCCGAUGGGCUUGUUGUUGUCGAGGAUGUUGUCUCUCACAAGGACUUGGACACCCUCAAUGAGAAAAUGGUGAAGGAUGCGAGAUACCUCCAAUCCCUCGGCGAAAAGGGCCCUUUCAACUACAAUUUAGGAAACUUACAACAAGACCCUCCGCCUGUGGCUGAGUAUUUUUACAAGUCCAUCUUUACCAACCCCAUUGCAACGCAGAUCACAUCGAAUGUCCUUGGGCCCCGUCCAAAAUGGACCUUCUGCUCCGCCAACUCUGCCAUGCCACCUCUUCCCGGCGCCUCACCCCAACGUCAACCCGUCCACUCCGACGCCGACUUUGCUCACCCAUCGCACCCAUUUGCGCUAGUCACCAACAUCCCACUGGUGUCCAUGACCCCCGAGAAUGGGUCCACGGAGGUCUGGCUCGGCACGCAUACGGCUGACGUCUCGGCACAGGAGGGAAAUCAUGGUGAGCGGGCCAGCGGAAGAAUCAGGGAGGAUCUUUUGGCUGAGAGGCGUGGGGUGAGAGGUCCGUCGCAACCCGAUGUCAAGAAGGGUAGUAUUGUGUUGAGAGACUUAAGGCUGUGGCAUGCUGGGAUGCCGAAUAUGAGUGACGAGGUAAGGGUGAUGCUUGCGAUGAUUCACUUUGCGCCGUGGUAUCGGAACCCCAUGAGGUUGCAGUUUGGGGAGGACAUGAAGGGCUUGCUGGCUGGAUUGGAACCUCACUUGGAGAUUCCGGUUGAUUGGGCGAAGAAUGAUGAGGUUUGGGGGUCUUACUUGCAUAGGGGAUUCGGGAAUAGCUACGACUUUGAUCAGGAGAAGUGA